AUGACGAACCACAACGAAAACGAUGAACCCCGCACUGGUGCGGUUCAGCUCGACCCUCAGGGCCACGAUGGACAUGUCAAGUCCGCUGAAGAGAAGCGCUUCCUGCGUAAACUCGAUCUCUGCCUUCUAACCUUCACCUGCAUUUCCCAAGUUAUCAAGUACCUCGAUCAACAGAACAUUAACUUUGCUUACACUUCGGGCAUGAAAGAAUCGCUGAACCUCUACGGUAACCAGCUCAACUACUUCACAACCUACUUCAACGUCGGAUACUGUGUUUUCCUUAUUCCAUCGCAAGUAAUGAUCACUCGCUUCAGACCCGCCAUCUGGCUAUCGUGUCUUGAGAUUGUUUGGGGUGCCCUGACUUUGGGUUUGGCUGGUGUGAAGAAUUAUAAGCAAGUUUACGUCAUUCGAACUUUCAUCGGCGUUGCCGAGUCUUCCGCCUAUCCUGGUGCUGUCGCUUUGCUCAUGACCUGGUACACUCCCCUUGAGAUGGCUAAGCGUAUUGGUUUCUACCACUCUUGUCAACCCAUCGGUUCUAUGAUUGCUGGUGGUCUUCAAGCUGCCAUCUAUAGGUCCCUCAACGGCAGUCACGGUCUCGAAGGAUGGAGAUGGACUUUUUUGAUCAAUGGUAUCAUGACCGUUGUCAUUGCCGCUUUUGGCUUCUUCAUGAUUCCCGACUUCCCCGAUCGUCCCAACAAACUCGCUUUCUGGUUCACUGCCCAUGACAAGCGUAUCGCCGAGGAUAGAUUGACCAGAUGGAGACGAGAAGCUCCAGACGCUAUCAACUUCCGAACUGCCAAAAAGGCCGCAACCAGCAUCAUCACUCCCGCUCUCAUGUGGCUAUACACUGCAUCUCUGAUCGCUGUCGCUGCUGUCAGUUACUUCAACUUAUUUUUGAAAUCGCUGAAACAUGCCGAUGGCACUGCUGUUUGGUCCACUGAAGCUAUCAGUGCUGUACCCAUGAUUGGAUACACUAUUCAGAUCUUAUCCACCUGGUUCUUCGCUUUCUGCUCUGAUUACUUCCGAACUCGAUGGCUUUGUCUGCUUACCAUCGCUUGCAUCGGCAUUCCGUCCGCUGCGAUCCUCACUACGUGGAACACUUCCACCGCUGCCAAAUACUAUGCCUUCUUCGCUCUAUAUGCUACCAACACUGGUGCUCCGAUCAUUUGGUCGUGGAUGAGUGACAUGCUUCCCACCGAGCCAGAGCAAAGGACUUUAACUAUCGGUGUCUGUAUCUCAUUUUACUACGCAAUCAACGCUUGGUCGAAUCCCUUGAUCUACCCUGCGAAGGAAGCUCCUCAUUACAAACACGGAUGGGCUGUCUCUCUCGGUCUCUACUGUUCCGUAGUCUGCGUCAUUUGCGCGCUUCGAGCAUACGAUGUCAAGGUUAUUCGACCUCGGAACUAUCGCGCUCGUUUGGCAUUGGAGCAACAAUAUCUCGACGAGCUCAACACUGCUCAACUCGCCGCCAACGAUGAGGAACAAGGUGCAAUUCCCGACAACAAACACAAAAAUUUUCCAACUCAAGUGUCUGUACUAGAGCGUGUAGUCACCAAGUGA